AUGUUGACCAUUCAUAAAGAUUCGUUCGAUAUGAUUGAGCAGGAUGUCGCAUCCGGCACGCUGGAGAAAUCGAAGAUUUUAAACUGUUUGUUCUGGAAAAGCAAUGAUACUUGUGAUCCGGCGAAGGUUUUAAACCAAUCGGAUAAUCAACCUUCGCGCCCAUCAUCGAACCCUAACGUUACUGAUUCUAUGCUGGAUAAACUGGACAAGCAUGCAUUGUGGGAUGCCCUAAGCGCCCCCAACCUUGAGGAUGAUGGAUGUGAAUACUGUACCAUGCAGCCGGUUGAAAGGCAACGGUUCCCGAAACACUUCAUGUAUACGAAUGGCAAGCUGACCUGUCCCUUGCUGCUGUCCCAAAGGACGUGCGUAUAA